AGAUGUCCUCUCUUGGAGUCCAUCAGAGGACUUGGGGCACUUACCUGGGAGAGGGCAUUGAUCCAGUCGUUGUGGGACUGGGGUAUUGCUGUUGAACCCAGUGAUUUCCAGAACAACCCAGGAGCAUGUAAAGCAGGUAUCUCAUCCUAGCACUGCACACUCCACCAGGACAGGAGUCCACCAGGAGACAAGGACUUUCCGCCAACAUCCAAGCACCUGUAUGAGAGCUGCUGAAACCCCCAGCAAAUGCAGGAACCUUCAACUCCCUGGCAGGAGAAUCUUCUGCUUCUGGAUCCUUUCGAAAAUGAAUACAAGUGGGACUUUGUGUUGGUCAGCAACUGCACCUCCUUUGACAGCAUGGAGGAGGAAAAGAGACGUCUAUACUUUGCUGAGCUGGAACAGAAACGCUUCAAGAUAAAGAAAGUUAGAGAUGGGAAAAAGUUAUUUUAUGGAAUUCGGGCACCUAGAGAUAUCUUCAGGAAAUAUGUCCGACUCCUAAAGAACCCAGAUCAGAGUACAGGGCUAACUCAGAACUUUGAUGAAGAUGUGUUUCCGACAAGCAGGAUUCGAAUCGUGAAUUUCAUUUUACACAAAACUUGCAUUAGGACAAACGAGAAUUUACAGAACCUCAUAGACAUUGGUGUGUUUGAGACUUGUUUCCCAUUGCAUUCGCUUAAUGAUUCCUGCGGCUAUGAACUGAAACGGAAAUGGGCGAGAUGGCGGGAUGUCAUAUACAAACAACCUGUGGCCGAGAUAAGGGAAUACUUUGGGGAGAAGGUGGCUCUGUACUUUGCGUGGCUCGGGUGGUACACCAUCAUGCUAUUCCCAGCAGCAGUGGUCGGGUUGGUGGUUUUCCUGUACGGAUUUGUGCAUUUUAACUCAAGCAAGAUUAGCCAGGAGAUCUGUGCAGCCAAUACUACCCUGAUGUGUCCCUUGUGUGAUCAGAACUGUCCGUAUUGGCCACUGUCAGACACAUGUACCUAUGCCAAGGUGACACAUUUAUUUGACAAUGAAGGCACAGUCUUCUUUGCAAUGUUCAUGGCUCUUUGGGCCACUGUGUUCUUGGAGCUAUGGAAGAGGCAGCGAGCAAGGGAUGUCUCCGGGUGGAACCUAUACAGCUGGGAUGAGGAUGAGGAGGAGCUGGCUCUGGAGCUGAUCAAUAACCCAGACUGUGAAAUCCAGAAGCAUCAGCAUUCGUAUAUACGCUCCACUCUUGUGCUGCUGGGAGUUGUACUUACGAUAGCAGUGCUGAUUGGAAUAGCCCAAGCGCUUGUCAUUUAUCGAGUGGUGGUGACUGUAUCCUUCAUGCGUUCAUCCUGGACCUUCCUGAGUGACCAUGCCAAUACAGCUGCUGUCAUGUCUGGAGCCGUACUUCAUUAUUUAACUAUCGUCAUCAUGACCAAGGUGAACCGCGCUGUGUCCACCUAUUUAUGUAAUCUUGAGAAACCUCGGACGUUCACGGAUCGAGAAAACAGCUUUACAACCAAAGUGUUUACCUUUCAGUUUGUCACCCACUUUUCGUCUCUUUUCUAUGUGGCGUUCUUCCUGGGAAGGAUAAAUGGGCAUCCAGGAAAUUAUGUGAGGAUUGCAGGCCAGUGGAGGUUGGAAGAAUGUCACCCUAGUGGCUGCAUUACUGACCUUUUCAUACAGAUGUGUAUCAUCAUGAUACUUAAACAGACGCUCAGCAACUGCGUGGAGUUUCUUUCCCCGUGCCUGCGGUUUAAGUUCCGUUCCCUAAAGUACAGGAGGACUCAGGUGCACAGUGAGAAAGGUUCUGAAGAUCAGGCAUUUGAAUCAUGGAGAGCUAACUAUAGGAUGGGUACCGUGCACAUCUUCAGCUUGUUUGAUGAAUUUCUGGAGAUGGUUAUUCAGUACAGCUUCACCACCAUCUUUGUGGCUGCUUUUCCUCUGGCUCCGCUCUUGGCCUUCAUCAAUAAUGUUCUUGAGAUCCGCCUGGAUGCGAUCAAAAUGACACGUUUACAGCGCCGCCUAGUGCCGAGGAAAGCUAAUGACAUAGGAAUUUGGCUGCAGGUUCUAGAAGCAGUUGGGGUUCUUGCGGUGAUCACCAAUGGCUUGGUCAUUGCUGUCACAUCUGACUUCAUUCCCAGACUCAUAUACAAACAUGCAUAUGGACCCUGCGCCCAUGGGAACCCAGACAAAAUAGAUUGCCUCACAGGAUACAUUAAUCAAAGUCUAUCCAUAUUCCGCACUAGCGACUUUGAGAGUCUGACAGAGGUAUCUCGCUCUGUAUACACCAAUAUUACAGAAUGCAGGUAUCGAGAUUAUCGUUCCUCGGAUGAUUAUAGUUUCUCAGUGCAGUUUUGGCAUAUCUUCGCUGCCAGGCUUGCUUUUGUUAUUGUGUUCGAGCACGUGGCAGUUUGUAUAAAAUUUGUUGCUGCUUGGUUUGUUCCGGACAUUCCUCAGGCAGUUAAGAAUAGAAGUCUGGAUGCGAAACACAGGGACCUGUUGGAGGAACUCAGAAUGAUGCCAGAGGACAGUGAUGAAAUACCCAAUGACAGCUCCCCUCAUCUUGACAGAGACUUCCUAGUGGACCUCAGUUUGAUAGAGCGGUCAACAGAGGUCUGACAACCACAUCUGUUCCACAGCUGGGACCAAAGUAGAACCUGCAGCAAAGCACAAUGCCAGUCUCGUCCUCUGCAGGACCUUCCACUUUUUGUAAUUUUUGAUUUGUACAAUAAAAUGUUUUUGUAAAAAAAA